GCGGCAGGCGGAGCUCCCGCCUCUCCGGCUCACCUAGCGGCCCCUUCCAGACCCCACCCCCAAGCCCUCCAUUCUCCCUUCCGCCUCCCCCCUUCCCGGGGCAGUCGGAAACACUUUCUCCCACAUUUUUGCCCAGCUUCCACGCCCUAGCUGGAACCAGCGCGAGGAGUCAGUCCAGAGGCCCCCGCGGCGUUCCCAUUCUCAUCCUAGGACCCCAGCCCCGCGCCAUGGACCGCUCCUACGGAGGCCGAGUGCUGAUCGCGAUGACCCUACUGGGCAUCCCGGCCGCGGUGCUGGUCUUGCUGGCUGCACAGCUGCUGUUCCAGCUCCAGGCGGGGCGCGCCGAGCUGCGGGGAACGCGCACCGACGGGCUACACCCCGAGCUAGACCCUGACGCCGGACUACCCGAAGCUGCCGCAGGGACGUUACUGCCGCUGACGACGGCGCUGGCCGCGCUGGCGCAGGUCCUCGGGCUUAGCUGCUUGCUGCUGGUGGCGCUCUGCGGACACCUGGGCGCCGAGCUGGCACGCGGGCCAGGGUCUGGCAGGUCGGACUGGUUUCUGUGUGACUGCCGCCUCCUCAGGCACUCGGCCCUCGGCCUGUUCUGCUGUGGGGUCGCCAUCUACUCAGCAGCAUUGGCCAUUUACACUCUGCUGCUCUUCGAGAUCGAGGCGGGCGCAGCAGCUACAUCCAUCCUGGGCUCAGGUGCCCUGGUCCUGGUGGCAAUAAUCACCCACACCCUGCUCCUAGCUGUUCGGGCCACUCGUCGGGGUCUCCAUGAACUGUCUCCACGAGCCUUCGAAGAUGAGCCGGCACGGCCUUCAGAAGACUCCAAAGCUGGCCGCAGGGCUCAGCCCCAGCAGGAUGAGGAAACAGAGACCCCAAUAGGGGCUGUGACUCACCAAGGGUCCCAUUUCUGAGCUUCAGAGCCUGGAUUUGCACCCAGGUCCUGUGUCUCCACUCCCAUGUUCCUGGAAGAAGGCUCAAGUCUUAGACUUCAACUCCCCAGCACUCCGUGAGGAGCUGUGGACAUCUGAAACUCACAUGUGUGGACCUCAGAGCAGCCCAAGGCCAGGAGCAUUCAGGGAUGAACUGUGCUCAAGGCUGAGUGGGUCUCAUUGCUGUGUCUCAGUUUCCUUAUCUGUAACAUGGACACAGAAGAAGAGGCCCAGGAAGCGGCACACAGUAGGCCCUCAACACAUGUUAGCUAUGUAUCUUAGUUGUAUUAUUGCUGUGACAAAGUGUUUGACAAAAGCCACUUAAGGAAGAAAGAGUCUGAUUCACAGGUCUACGCUGAACCCUCUCCUGGGAUCAACUUUUUCUCUUAGCUACUUUUUCUGUCCCUGAGAUAAAACACUCUGACAAAAGCCACUUAAGAGAGCCAGGGCUUACUCUGGCUCACAGUUCAAGAGUUGGGGACCAUCAUGGCAGGGAAAGGGUGUGAGGCACAUGACAUCCUGGACAAGAAGCAGAGUGAUAAACACUGCCUCAGGUUGGUUCAGCUCAAGGCUGCUGCUGCCUGAAUUUAAAAUGGGCUGUCCCACCUCACCCACCUGGGAACCACCACCCUGACAUACCCAGAGGCGGUCUCCAAGGUGGCACCAGAUCUGUGCUGACAAAUAAUGCUAACCUGCUGUCACUGGCAUGUGUGUGGAACAGGAGAUUGCCACUUAGGGAAUGACUGAGGCCCAGUGGUCCACAGAGGUCUCCACCACUCUCCUGAUACUGCUGCCUCCCCAGCCCGUGCCCCAGGAUUUUUUUUUUUACCAAGUUUCUAAAAUUCUCUUUAAAAAACCCAAACUUUUUACUGAUUCUUUGUGAAUUUCACAUCAUAUGCAGCCCAAUCCCACUGGUCUGUCCCCUCUGCCCUCGCAACACCACCUGUCCAAAUAAAAUAAAAUAAAAUAGAAUAACAAAAAUCUUGCCCUGGAAGCUGUAGUGUCCACAUAUAAUUGUUGCACCCUAGGCCCUCACCUGUCUCUUUCCUCUAGUCCUCUCUUCUCCUCCUGAGACUUUGAAUUGAGCCCUGGAAUUCUCCAAAGUUCUGUCAGGACUAGGGCAGCUGCCUGAAGGCCAAAGCCAAAACCCAACCCCCUGAGAGCAGAGCUGGCGAGGCAAGAUGGUCUAUCUCUGCCUCCAUCUUGGUCCUAUCCAGGCCAGGUUAAAGCCAAGCUGUCUGGCAAGAGGCAGUUGAUCCGGGUGUGGCAGGAUGGGGCUGCCUCGGCCAGCAGUCAAGACUAGAACCUGCCUUUUGUUUGUUUUUGUUUCUCCAGACAGGGUUUCUUUGUGUAGUCAAGACUGCCCUGGACUUUGUAGACCAAGCUGGCCUUGAACUCACAGCAAUCCACCUGCCUCUUCCUCCUGAGUGCUGGGAUCAAAGGCAUGUUUACUUUUAUUUAUUUACUUUUAUUCAUUUGUUUGUUUACUUGCUGCAGUGGUGAGAAUUGAACUCAGCACCUUAUAGCUGCUAGGCAAGCACAUUACCAGGCAGCUAUACUCCCAAACCUGGAACCUGGCUUCUAAAGAUUUUAAUUUUUGUUUGUUUUAGUCUUUCAGUUCUCUCUCUUUCCUGUUUUUUUUUUUUUGUUUUUGUCUGUUUGACAAGGUCUUAUGUAGCCCAGGCUGGACUGGAACAGGCCAUGUAGCUGAGGAUAACUUCAGAUUCUGAUCCUCCUGCCUCAGCCUCUGGGUGCUGAUGCUCAUUGCACCUGGGAGUGCCACUUUCCAAAUAGGCUCACCUCAAACAGCCAUCAGGGAGAGUCUGUAGCUAGGUGGUUGAGGCAGGAGGACGGGUGCAAGCUGUAGCCCAGCCUGGGCUACACAGUAAGACCCUGUCUAUCGCACAUGAUGGCCAAGCAUGGCUGUGCAGAUUUGUGACUACAGCACUUGAGCAGGAUUGCUGUGUUCAGAGACUGGGCUAUCAUGCAGGCCUUAGGAGGAUGCAGAACCAAGAAGGAAUUCAAGGUCACACUUGUGACCUUGUGAGUCCGAGGCUAGCCUGGGCUACGUGAGAC